AUGUCGAAAAGAUUGAAUCUUAUCUCAAACCACCUCGGGCAAAACCUUACUGAGCAUUUCUCUAAAUCCAAUUUAAAAACCCCUUACAUACAAGAUCCAAUCGAUUUUCUUUACCUUGAUGAUUUGCUACCUCCUGACCUUAACAACAAGAGAAAGCAGUUAAGAGAAGCCUUAGAAGCAAAUUUAGCCCCAUAUGUAGCUGAGUGGUAUGACAAGGCUCAGUUCCCAUUAGACAUUGCUGAAAAGCUUAGGCCUCUCAAAAUUUUCGGUAUUUCUGAAGAAAAGUAUGGAUGCAGAAAAGUAUGUCCUCUUGAAAAAUCACUCAUAAUUUAUGAGCUUGCAAGAAUUGACGCUUCACUUGCAACAUUCUAUGGGCUGACUUUAAGCCUAGUAGUAUUUACAAUCGAAAAGCUUGGUAGUGAAGAGCAAAAAGCUAAAUAUUUGCCAAAACUCUGCAACCUUGACAUUAUCGCAAGCUGGGGUUUAACAGAGCCAGAUUAUGGCUCAGAUGCUUCAUCUCUUGAAACUACUGCAACUCCAGUAAAAGGUGGGUAUAUUCUUAAUGGAGUCAAGAGAUGGCUUGGAAACGCAAUCAUAUCAGAUAUCAUGGUCAUCUUUGCCAGAAAUACAAUCACCAAAAAUGUUGAAGGCUUUAUAAUGGAUAGCAGAGCUCAAGGAGUUUCCGUCACGAAUAUCAAUAGAAAACUCGCAUUAAGGAUUGUCCAAAAUGGCAAUGUAUUUAUGAAAGAUGUAUUUGUCCCAGAAAAUGAAAGACUAGAAAAAGGCCACACUUUUGCGACUGGGGCAAAUGUUGUUUUGGAUCACUCCAGGAUGACUUUGGCCUGGCUAGUUGCUGGGCUUGUAGGAGGGACUUAUGAGCACUCUGUUAAGUAUUUGAGGGAAAGAACCCAAUUUAGAGCUCCUUUAGCUGCUUUUCAGCUUAAUCAAGAAAAGUUAGUAAGAAUUCUUGCAAUAUAUCAAGCUGUUUUUCUUUUAGCUUGGAGAGCAACAACCUUAUUAGUAAAAGGGCAAGGAAAUAUCGCUCAGGCAUCAUUAGUUAAAGGUUGGUCAUCAUAUAUGGGUAGAGAAGCAACUAGGCUUGGCCGUGAGAUUAUGGGUGGGAAUGGUAUACUUAUUGAUAAUUUCGCAAUGAAAGCCUUAGUUGACAUGGAAGUUGCAUAUACUUAUGAGGGAACUUAUGACGUGAAUGUAUUGGUUGCUGGAAGAGCUGCUACUGGAGUUCCAGCAUUUAAAGCUGGCUUUAAGGCUUAG